AUGAGUGAUCAACCGGGUCCCUCGCGGCCGAAACGAAAGAAAAUGGAGCCAGUUUAUAAGAUAACUGACAGUGAUAUUGAAGAGCAGCUUUUGGGCAACGACUCUGAUGAUGACUUCCAGCUUGAGGACAUGUCAUCAGAUGAUGAUGAAGAGGAAAUCGAGCGGCAAAAUAUUAUGCAAAUGGCGGCUAUGGAUUUACAAUUAGCGUCGCAACGUACUCGUCGAAGGAGUCCGUCAUUAGAAGCAAUACAACAACCAGAAAGAUUAGCACUACCUGAGGAAGGAGCUACUUCUUCAUGGACAACGACAUGUGAGCUAAAAAAAAUUGAUUUCACUAAACAAAAUGAGUUCUUUGGCGCGCCUGACCCAACUCCAAUCGCAUUUUUCAAUUUCUUCUUUGAAGAUGAUUUCCUUGCAAUGAUUUGUGAAAAAACUAAUGCUCAAGCCAGAAAGUUAUUUCUUUUCGGUGUUUCGGAAUCAUCAAGAAUAACUAAUUGGAAGGACGUGGACGUUCCUGAACUGAAAAUAUUCCUUGGCUUACUUUUCCACAUGGGUUCUUUUCAGCUGCCCCGACUACAAGAUUACUGGAAAAAGAGCCGGUUAUUUUCAAUACCUAUUUUUGGUCAACAGAUGAGUAGAAAUAGAUAUUUCCUAAUAAUGAGAUGUCUUCACUUCAGCUCAGAGACAGAGAUAGUGAAUGAUGACCCACUGUACAAAAUACGUAGUGUCGUUGAUUAUUUCAACCAAAAAAUGAAUACAUGCUAUUAUCCUGGCAAAGAGCUGUCGUUGGAUGAGAGCAUGGUUCUGUGGAGAGGGCGACUGAGAUUCAAGCAGUAUGUAAAAAACAAGCGCCAUAAGUAUGGUAUCAAACUAUACAUGUUGACUGAACCUGAUGGUCUCAUUUUGAAGUUUCGAGUAUAUGCUGGGAGCCAAGACCAUGAUGUUGCUGGAAAAGGGCACGCCGAAAAGGUUGUAAUGCAAUUGAUGGAGGAGAAACUUCACAAUGGACACUCAUUAUAUAUGGAUAACUAUUAUAAUAGUUUCCACUUGGCUAAACGUCUUUUACAUAAUAAGACUUACUGUAGUGGAACUUUAAGAAGGAUUUGA